UAUUACAACAUUAAUUAACUUUGUCUGCCUUUACAAAGUAUCAUAGAAAAUUUGUGGAGUGUUUGUAUUGUAAGAGCAAUGUCAAAAGUAGGAAGAAUGAAGUUAGGAUCAGAAGGAAUGGAAGUGUCAUUACAAGGACUUGGUUGUAUGAGUAUGUCUGCUUUCUAUGGUCCUCCUAAGCCUGAAAUUGACAUGAUUGCCCUCAUCCAUCAUGCCAUUCAAUCUGGUGUCACUUUUCUUGAUACUUCUGAUAUCUAUGGUCCUCACACCAAUGAACUACUUCUUCGAAAGGCUCUAAGGGGAGAGACGAGAGAGAAGGUUGAAUUGGGUACCAAGUUUGGAGCAAGAUUUAGUGAAGGGAAAUUUGAGAUUUGUGGUGAUCCAUCAUAUGUGAGAGUUGCUUGUGAGAGUAGUUUGAAGAGACUUGAUAUUGAUUGCAUUGACCUUUAUUAUCAACAUCGUAUUGAUACUCGUCUACCAAUUGAAUUUACGAUUGGGGAGCUUAAAAAACUUGUUGAAGAGGGAAAAAUAAAAUAUAUUGGUUUGUCUGAGGCAUCAGCUUCAACAAUCAGAAGAGCACAUGCAGUUCAUCCAAUAACAGCUGUACAAUUAGAGUGGUCACUUUGGUCAAGAGAUGUAGAAGAAGAAAUAAUUCCAACUUGCAGAGAACUUGGUAUUGGAAUUGUUGCUUAUAGUCCUCUUGGGAGAGGAUUCUUUUCAUCAGGAGCGAAGAUGGUUGAAAACUUUACAAAAGAUGACUAUCGUCAGCAUAUGCCUAGAUUUCAACCUGAAAAUCUGGAGCAGAAUCAAACUAUAUUUGAUAGAGUGAAUGAACUAUCUACAAAGAAAGGAUGUACUCCAUCUCAGCUUGCAUUGGCUUGGCUUCAUCACCAAGGAAAUGAUGUGUGUCCUAUACCUGGAACCACCAAAAUUGACAACUUUAAUCAAAACAUUGCUGCUUUAUCUGUUAAACUAACAAAAGAAGAAAUGGAAGAAAUUGAGUCCUUAGCAGAUAUUGUUAAGGGUGCUAGGACAGGGAGAGAACCUACAUGGAAGGAAUCUGAUACUCCACCACUUUCUUCUUGGAAAAUUGAGUAAUAAAGUGGUUUUGAUUGCUUAUUGCUCAUGUCAGCGUAGUUUUAAAUUGUAGUUGCAGUUAAAUUACUAACAUUUUAUGUAUAUUGAAAUAUAGAAAAAUGCAGCUAAUGCAUUUACAGACAAAGAGAUAAAACCAUGCAUAUGAAUAUACUAUAGAUAUUUGUUGUGUGCUACCUUAAGAAAUAAAUUGGUGUGAGGAAAAGGAUUUUGGAUGUAUAAAUAAACAUCUAUUGAUGAUUCUAUUAUAUAGAGUUUAAUUAAAUAUUUA